UCUGGGUCGCUUGGUGACGGUGACGCGACGCGGACAGGACGGAUCAGGAUUCUAUUUUUCGAUUCGAAGAGGCAAUGGCAACAGGUGAUUCCAUCAAGGUCUGCCGCAUCUUCUGUCUCACUGGGAACCAAUGUAGAUGCAGAGGCACUAAACAUGGAUGACACUCCCUAGCUCCCCAGACAUUUAUUGUGCAUUAGCAACGAGUCAGAAGACGCAAGUAUGUUCGAGUCGUCAAGUUCCAACCCUUCUGAUUCACGACUCGGAGAUAUGCAGCCAUCCGCAGUGGAGUUCAGCGGUCAGCUCGCGAGAGUAAAAUCGGAACCUUGCGAUGAUGAAUGCCUGCCAGAACAGGGCAGGAUUCAGGAACAGCACUGCAGUGACUCUGCAUCAGAAGGCGACACUUACGGGAUGAAGUCUGGGCUGGGCGACAUUAAGGAAGAACGUCAGGACACACCUCCUGAUGAACAGGUCCUCCUAGUAGCGACGACGGAGCCUUACAACGCCACAAUUUUGGCUGGGCAGGACCACGAGGGACACGGCCACGGCUCAGACUCACAAGCAGAUACAUCAACGGAGUUGAGCAAGCGCACCCACCUGCUGUCUCACAAGCAGACACUCACAAGCGAAGAGCAGUACAAGUGCGACGUCUGCCCCGCUCAGUUCAGUCACAGCAAGAACCUGCGGCGCCACAAGAAGAUACACGUGAGCGACAAGCCGCACAAGUGCGAUCUCUGUCCCGCAGAGUUUGUCCACAGCACGAACCUGCGGGUUCAUAAGCGAAUACACACGGGCGAGAAGCCUUACAGGUGCGACCUCUGUACUGCGGCGUUCGGCCAAACCACGAGCCUGCGGCGUCACAAGAGGACGCACACGACCGAGAAGCAAUGCAAGUGCGACAUCUGUCUUGCGGAGUUCAACUGCAGCGCCGACCUGCGGCGUCACAAGCAGACGCACACGGGCGAGAAGCCGUACAAGUGUGACGUCUGCCCCGCGGCGUUCAGCCAGGGCAAGAACCUGCGGCGUCACAAGAAGAUACACACGGGCGAGAAGCCGUACAAGUGCGACCUCUGUCCCGCGGCAUUCGGCCAGGUCACGAACCUGAGGGAUCAUAAACGGACACACACGGGCGAGAAGCCGUACAAGUGCGAUAUCUGUGCUGCGUUGUUCAGCCACAGAACGAACCUGCGGUGCCACAAGCUGAGACACACCGGCGAGAAGCCGUACAAGUGCGACCUCUGUCCCGCAGAGUUCAGCUGCAGCACUGACCUGCGGCGUCACAACAAGAUCCACACAGGUGAGAAGCCGUACAAGUGCGAUCUCUGUCCUGCGAGGUUUGGCCAGAGGACAAACCUGCGGUACCACAAGCAGAUACACACGGGCGAGAAGCCAUACAAGUGCGACCUUUGUCCUGCGGCGUUCAGCCACAACACAAACCUGCGUCGUCACAAGCAGACACAUACGGAUGAGAAGCCGUACAAGUGCGACCUCUGUCCCGCAGAGUUCCGACAGAACGUGAGCCUGCGACAUCAUAAGCAGGCACACGCAGGCGAGAAGCCAUGCAAGUGCGAUCUCUGUCCUGCAGCGUUCAUCCACAGCACGAAUCUGAGGCGUCACAAGCAGACACACACGGAUGAGAAGCCGUACAAAUGUGACAUGUGUCCUGCAGAGUUCCGACAGAAUGUGACCCUUCGACUUCACAAGCAGAGACACAUGGGCACAAAGCCAUAAGACUACAAUCCUUGGCCUCCAGUGCUCAGCCAGUGUAUGAAACUGGAGGAUCACAAGUGGUUGUACACAGGUGCACCACAGACGUGCGAUCUCUGUCCUACAAACUGCAGCCUCCGCGCACACCUGCAGCAUCACAGGCAGGUGCACAAGGGGGAGAAGCCCUUGAAGCUGAUCUCCAUCCUUUAGAGAUCAGCAAGAGCAUGAGCCUAUGGUGUUACAAGGAGGCACACUUAGGCAUGGAGCCAUGGAAGUGUGAUGUCAGUCUUGCAGUGUUCAUCUGCACAAGUGACCUGCGGCACCAGCAGCUUUGUAGUAGGGUACAAGUCGCUUUGACACGGCAUCUUCUGCGAGGGACGUUAAACACAGUGUAUUCGGACUUUCUCACAUACACACCCACAUUCAAGAACCAAUCCACAGACCAACCACUGUGAUGUCAUUCAAGUCAUGAUCACAGUUGGCUCACGAUGUAAAGCCACAAAUUAUUACUAUUAUUAUUAUUAUUAUUACUGACCUGCGGCAUUACAAGCAGGCACACACAGGCGAGAAGCCAUACAAGUGGAAUCUCUGUCGUGCAGAGUUCAGCCGCAGUACAAAUUUGUUUGGUCACAAGCAGACACACAUGGGUGAGAAGCUGUAGAAGUGUUAUAUCUGUCCUGCGGAGUUCCAACAGAGUUCCAACACAACCUGGUCCUGUGGUGUCACAAGCGGAGACACAUGGACACGAGUCCUGAAGGGUAUGAUACCUGUCCUCGAAUGUUCAGCCAGAUCGUGAGCCUGCAGGAUCACAAGCAGACAUGCAUAGGUGCAACACAGCAGUGCGAUCGCUGUCCUACAAAGUUAAGCGUCACUGUGCACCUGCAGCAUCGCAAGCAGACAGCACGGGACAGAAGACUUAGGAGUGGAUCUCUGUCCUUCAGAGUUCAGCCACAGCAUGAGCCUGUGGUGUCACAAGCAGACACAGAAGAAUUGCACAACUGGGUACUCUGUAAUGCAAUACUUGUCCUCCAUGGGUGCCUGUCGAACCAAAUUUGGAUGCACACCAGUAGUGACAGCAGCACUGACCAGCGAGAAGCCAUACACAAGUGUCAUCUCUGUUACGCCAUGUGUCCUCAGCUGGGAGACCUAAAGAAGCGCGUGGUAAUACACAAAAAACUUCAUGAGAGGCUGUGAUACUCAGUGAUGGUGUGACGGGCUGUGAUGUUGACUGAAUGGGUUACGAUGUGGUGGACUGUGACGGUGAUGAAGAGUGGUUGGUUAUGAUGCGAUAGGGGCUUUGAUGGUGAUGCAAUGGUAUGGUCCGUGGGCGUGGCUAAACAUGAUGUGAUAUUGAAUGAAUUUUUCUGAAAAUUCCAGCUUCUGAUGCUGAGUUCUUUUAUGGACCUUUGGUGCAUCACCAAGUGGGCCCAAAUAUCAACUCCUUUUAACCUCAGUCUGUUCAUGUAUGCGAGCUUUAAACAUCCAAUGGCAGUGAAGUGCAGUAGUAGUGCUCCUGUUUUCCCUCUCCGCAUACACAGGAAAGGAAAACUGGAACGCUUCUACUUGAACACAGAAAAAUGGCGACCAGAUCUCCUUAUUUCCAGGCCCUGUCAUCGCGCUAUAAUUGUCUCGAUUUUUUUUCUUCAGAAAACUAAUGUUACCAAUUACCCCAAGGGAUUCAAUAUUCUUAUUGGGUCAAUCUCGUAUCUUUGAUAAUUAAAAAGUUAAUUAAUCCAUCAACACAGAAGUUUGCCGUGCCUUCUUAAGGAGGACCUUUUGGGCUUGGAGCACGUCGCCAUUGGUUAAAACUGGGAAAAAAUGACUUUUAUAUUUUUUAAAAUUACUUCUAUAGUUACGGUGAAUACACCAUACUCUGCUUCAAUAAUUCGGCAACUCAGUUGUGGUUAGAUCGGAUGUAAAUCAUUUUACUCAGCAUGAUACACACGACACAUAUACUUAUGCACACAGGAACUAUUGGCAAGAUUCCUAACAUUACUUUUUUCCCAGUCUUUCAACCCUCAUACCAUCGGUCUGGUAAAUUGCGAAAAUCAUACCUGUGUUCAAGUCCAGCAACGGAUUGGAUCCCAAAAACUAUAGGCCCAUACCGGUCUACCAUGCAAGUUUCUUUAGUACAGUAUCGUUUCCCGUUUAAUAACGUUUCUUGAACCCAGUAACUUCUUUUUUCCUUUCCAACGCAGUGUUCGGCACUGUUACUCCUGUAAAAUUCAGUUGACCGGUGUCACACGUGAUAUUUUUCUAUGUCUCGACAGAGGUGGCCACGUUGAUGCCGUGUUCAUUGAUUUUGCCAAAUCUUUCGAUCAGGUUCCUCAUACACGCUUAAUAGAUAAGUUAUCUGCCUUUGCAUUGUGUUGUUUACAUGCCUUGCCCAUCGCUCAGACUCGUCUAUCAUGAAGUCUGUACCUGCUCUAUGCAUUGUCCUGUCUGUUCUUAGCUGGAUUCGAAAUUGCGUCACAGGACAGAAGAUGUCGUAGCUAAUAACACAUCUUCCUCACGGGCAUCUGUUACCUGCUGGGUACCUGUAUGGGUCCCCUGCUAUUACUUAUAUUAAUGACAUGUCUUCGGUUUUGUCAUCUCCCGUACGCCUCUUUGCAGGCGAUUGCGUUGUGUGUCGGAAAGUGUCGAAUAUCCUUGAACAUGAUGCCCUCGAGAGUGACUUAGGCAAGAUACACUCCUGGUUCUUGACUUGGCUCUUACCAAUCAAUGCUAAAAAGUGCAGAAGUUACAAGGACCACUCCAUUUUCUUCCUGUUGUCACUUUGACACACUUAUCUCUUGAACAGGUUACGUCUGCUAAGUUCUCUUGACCGACAACCUUUCUUGGUCUCACCAUAUUUCGCAUGCAAUAAGUUCUGCUAACAGUACUCUGGGGUACUCUGGGGUACUCUGGGGUUCCUACAUUGCUCUCUCCUUCUCACACCCCGACGUAUUGAAGUACAACACUCGUGAGGCCAAAACGUGGAUACGUCACUUCAAUCUGGGACCCUCACCGGGCAUUCCUUAAAAAUUUUCAUCGAAAGUGUUCAAGACCGUGCAGCCCGAUUUACUCUUAAAAGGGCAUAAAAUGCAAAAACAAGUUCACUUCAAGCUACUUCACGUGCUAUGUUAAUUCCGUUACGGAGCUACAAUCGAGAUUAUACCGGACUCUUUCUUGCUUCGGUGCUAGGCAGUGAACGUCGCUUCAGCUCGUGCAUCAGUGUUUCUAAUCCAUGCUGCACGUGCACGUGUGUGCCACGCCAUGGAGAAGUCCAGGUGAAAAACAUAGUACAGUCGCCGACCGAUUUUUCGGACCCUGAUUUUUCAGACAUGCUUGUUUAUUCGGACCCGUUCGCGGAACGGCCGUGGGUCCCAUAGAGUUAAUGUAUAAGAGCGUGCAAAAUAUCGGACGCUGUGCAGCUCCGUCACUCGAUAUUUCGGACUCUGUUUGCCCAACCAGCGAAUUUUUCUCUUGGGGUGACAGGUAAAUAUUGGUAUCGUCCGAAAUUCGUAUCGAAAGAAAUCAACCAACUAGAAUACUGAGGCAAAAUAAUAGGCAGUGAUAAUUGUUCAUUUUCCAUUCCUCUGAGUAGAAGGGGUCUGUCGUGGCGCCUUUGCGUCUUCGAUUUGGCCAGCGGCCCAGCACGUGCUCUCCGCCCGCGAGUCGCGCGACGGCGCUGUAAAGCGAGCUUCACCUAAAGCACGCAUGCGCUAGGUGAAGCCCGACUUGCAGACUUGAUGACGGCGGUGCCUUUGACAGUGUACAUUGACGAAAUGUCGCUUUGGGAAAUAGAAGCUGAUGUCAUCAAGCAGAGCUGGAAGCGCGUUACGAAAGCAUCGACAUAUUUUUCCAGCCCACUAGGGCUUAGUAAAGUUUAUUUUGAAGCGAAAUUCGUUUUUUCGGACUGCUCGAUUAUUCGGACUUUUGCGCGAUCCCCGCCGAGUCCGAAAAAUCGGACGGCGACUGUAUGCGUUGCGAAGUGGGCUGGCAUCGCUGUCCGAAGGACGUGAAGAUGAAUGUUGUCAGUGGAAAAUUCGCGAGAACUGUUGUACAGUUGUGGUGCACAAUUCACUGAAUCGGUAUUGAAAAAUGCAGCAGUGCACAUCAUGCCGCACAUAUGCGAAACACUACGAUCAGACCUGUUCUGAAUCCACGUGAACACGCUAAGUAUGCGCGUGCUUCUCCUGUUGUCUCAUUGGAUGCCACCAAUCUUUGCCUCCUGGGGAUACCAUUGGUCGCUGCCAACGGCGGCUCUGUUUUUAUUGCGUUUUUCUUCUAAAUGAUGGCGCUGUGUGAACAAACUUUGCUUUCAUUAUGCUAAUUGAAACACGGACUUUCGUUUGAGAGCAAGUUGUUUUUGCAUUUUAGUAAGAACUUAUAAAGUAACUUUUGUCCAGACUGCAGUGCGACAGAACUAAAACGCGAACUUACACCGGUGAAGUUACAACGGCGCAAGCUCUCGGCCUUGAAUCCCUUCCACGAGAUGUACCACAAUAACUGUUUACGUUGAUCAACACACUGAUCGUGCUUUUAAAGUUACGCCACUACAUUGCACAACAGACUACUACUUCCAGUCCUUCAUUCCGUGUACAACUAGACUCUAAAAUGACCUUCCUCGUGAAGUCGUACUUAUCACUGAUAACGUAUUGCUCAAGCAUUCCGUUCCAUAGUCACUGCCCUUUUGCUUGAGGAGCACUUAAAUGUUUUGCGAGAUUUUCAAUGUAUCUUCCUGUUAGCAGUUUGCCUUCCACAUCUUCAAGUGCUUUGAUUCUAGCAGUUCGUACUCUUUGAAGUUUGUCAAAUAAUGUCCAAUUGUGUCGUGUACACCCUCCAUUAUGUUGUGCGGGACCUUACCCUACUUAACGUAUUUACAGUAAAUAAAUAAAUGCACACCGUUAGACACAGAUUAACAAUGUUUAGUCCAUGCACUUAAGAGGCAGGAUCUCUGUUUUAAUUUGUACGAGCAUAUUUAAGCACACAGUUUCCAAAGUGAUGUGUUAGUUUUGAUGACUUCGCAUCCCCCUGGCCUAGCACUUCUCGAGGAAACAUCAGGAUAAGCACUGAUUUUGACGUUUUCGAAAUAUCGGGUAUAAUCGGGUAAAACCCUAAGGAGUUGGGGCCUAGCUGUAGUUCUACUUCAACACCUAUCAUUUUGAGUGAUAACCUUUGAAGUUGACUUCCAAUGAUGGGUUACGAGUAGGGUUCGGGGUUUUCGAAUUUAUCCGAAAAAAUCCAAAAAACGUACUCCGGUAAACCAUGAAAGAUGGAAGUCGCUGAAAAGGUUAGCCAGGCUGUAGGACUCGAAUGGUUUGUCCCUUCAGAUGACGCACCCUGGAAGUCGCCGAGAAGGCGUGUUAGCUUAGCUCAAUUGGUAGAGCCCUGGACCGGCAAUCCAGAAGAUGUGGGUUCGAGUCCUACAGCUGGCUACAGUCCUACAGCUGGCUUUCGUCUUUCACUUGAGUGUACGUCACGCAAUAUGUAUUGAUAAGAGUGUGUGACUCUUUAGUGUUGAAGCAAUAAAUGUGAGAACUGCGUUUUA